UGAGUCUUUUAUGACAAAAAUAUCCGAACCACACCCAUCACCAUAUUGUAGUCUAAGAAUUUUCGGGCGACCCACAGUGUUUCAACAAAGAUCUUAAGUAUGUUGUUUAAUGGAAGAACAAGGCCCUCUGGUGAUCGACCCUACGCUGCACAGACCCAUUCAUCACUUACAAUAUAUGUUGAUUUGCCAUUGGCAUAUUACAGCACAGAUACAUCUCAGUUUUUCCCAUUUCCUUAAUCCAGACGAAUUUUAGGUUAACUAUUACAAACCAAAAACUCAAGGCAAAACAUUCUUAGUCUGUUGGCCAAACGCUCUUUGAACUCGACAAAACAAACACAGUUGGAUAAGAUGUUUGAAUAUAGAUCCACCCCCCCCCCCCUUUAAAGCUAGUCGGUUUCAAGAGUCACUGGAAAGCGUCCGGGACUAAAGAGGUUUUGUUUCCUAAGGAGAGUCUACGCGUUUUCAGCACUAAAUGCUGGACACCCCCACACACCCCCGCCCGCGCGAUGAAUGGGCAUUAGAGCCAGUAACAUGGACUGGGCAGCUCCCUGGGCCAAAGGCAGAACUAUCCAGUUAGCAGCAUUCCUAGGUGGUUGGUUUAUCACUCCGAUUUGAGCUCCAGCUGGAAAUGAUAACAAUACGUAGCAGGACAGGUGUGGAGGGUGGUAGCUCACUGUCGCCUCUUCCAGCGGUCUCCGAGCCAAACAUGCCUUCAUCUGGAGGUGAAGAGCUCCUCCCAUCCACAACCACAACGGACCAAAUUUUACGCAUUCCACCCAAUGGGCUUGGCGCCUCCUCCCAGCAGAGGCGGAGCUGAGCGAAUGUAAAAAUGGAAGGACUGAGGCAGGAGAAGACCAAGCCUGCCUCCAGCCCAUCAGCUGGCCUCUGUCAGAAAGGGACUGAAACACAGCACGGGAAGAGGCUGGGGACCAUCAAAGCUUGUGGAAGGAGCUGUACAGUUCCACAGACCCGGAGGGCUGUACUCUCUUCUCUUGCCAGAGCAAUGAAGACCCGGCUAGGAAGUUAUGCCAGUCCCAUCACCAUCUCCGUCUGAGCAGCUGUGAGAAAGGACUUCGGGAUGUGCCCUUCAGAACAGAAGCACUCUGAAGAUGAUGAUUAAGGCAAACAGAAAGCUGCGUUCUGGAUCUCGUUUAGUUUCCCUCAUCUUCCCAAUGUGCAAGAGACUGUUCUGACCCCGAAGAAGUGGCUCUGGGUAGAGAAAUGGCACAACUGAAGGUUUCUCUCUUCUAACUCUUCAGCGUUUGCCCGCAGACAAUCCCUCCUUUGCGUUUUUGGUGGGAGAAAACUUGGAAGAAAGAAAGAACAAAAUUUUCUUUGCUGACUCAGAGGCAAAUCCUUUUGCUCUUUCCCAUUGCAGUUGGUAUCUCCGCAGCUGGGAGGAUGGCUGGGGAGCUCUCCCUCAACCUUUCCGUGCAGCCCGCAGGAGGAAAUGUCAGCAAUGCUUUGGUGCCAGGGGUGGUGCUGAAGACAGACCUCCUGACCCCUUCCCGGGGCACGGCGAUGUUUAUCGUCCGCUGUGUGAUCCCUUCGCUUUACCUGCUCAUCAUCACCGUGGGCUUGCUAGGCAACAUCACCCUGGUGAAGAUCUUCAUUUCCAACAGCGCUAUGAGGAGCGUGCCCAAUAUCUUCAUCUCCAGCCUGGCCGCCGGAGACCUCUUGCUGCUGGUGACCUGCAUGCCGGUGGAUGCCUCCAGUUACCUCUUCGAGGAAUGGAUGUUCGGGAAGGUGGGCUGCAAACUCAUCCCGGCCAUCCAGCUCACCUCGGUGGGCGUGUCCGUCUUCACUCUCACCGCCCUGAGUGCAGACAGGUACAAAGCAAUUGUAAAUCCCAUGGAUAUCCAAACAUCAAAUGCAGUUCUGUGGACGUGUUUUAAAGCUUUCGCCAUCUGGAUAAUCUCCAUGAUGUUAGCAGUUCCUGAAGCAGUUUUCUCUGAAGUGGCCCAAAUCGAUGGCACAGAUAAUGUCAGUUUCAGGGCAUGCAUACCGUAUCCCAAGACAGAUGACAUGCACCCAAAGAUCCACUCUGUGCUGAUAUUCUUAGUAUAUUUCCUUAUCCCUCUCACCAUCAUUAGUAUCUACUACUAUCAUAUUGCUAAGACUUUAAUUAAGAGUGCACACAAUAUCCCUGGAGAAUAUAGUGAGCAUUCUAAAAGACAGAUGGAAACUCGAAAGCGUCUGGCAAAAAUUGUUCUGGUCUUCGUUGGCUGUUUUGCCAUCUGCUGGUUCCCUAACCAUGUAUUGUACAUGUACCGGUCCUUUAAUUACAGUGAGAUCGACCCAUCGCUAGGACAUAUGAUCAUUACCUUAGUGGCCCGAGUACUGAGUUUCUGCAACUCCUGUGUCAACCCAUUUGCACUAUAUUUUCUGAGUGAGAGCUUUAGGAGACAUUUCAACAGUCAACUGUGCUGCAGGAGGAAAUCUCAUCGAGAGAGAUCCACCAGUUAUCUGCUCAGCUCCUCUGCCAUACGAAUGACUUCUCUGAAAAGCAAUGCCAAGAACACUGUGACCACCUUGACGCUACUGAAUGGGCACAACCUAAAACAGGAAAUGUCAUUAUGAUUUCAACAGUGUAGUACUUUAUCUGGGAAUAAAUUUGGGCUUUUAUUUUACAGCCAUGUCAAUAGCUUAAGGUGCUUUCACUAGUUCUUGAAACAGAGGAUUGAUCCAAGUCUCUCAAUUUGGGACCAUUGCAUAUCUAACUUCUAAUUACUUCAGACAGAAGUGAAUGAUAUUACUGAGUGAGAAGAGAAGAAUGAGUGUU